CUUAGUCUGUGGUAAAAGGGUGAGUGAACUGCCUCAUUGUUAUUUAUUGCAUUUGACUCUAAUAAUACAUUAAUUAGCCGUUUUACGGGUACAGUGAGUGCAAUAACAUACAUAACAGGUCGUGACAGCCAUGCCGAUGUGAGUAAUAUCAAAGGUGUGGCGCGUCGGUCUGGGGCGUUGUUUCUUAGUGUAACAGUGACGUUUGGUGUUACGAAAAAUAUUCCUACUAUCAAGACGCAAGAUGACCGAAUACAAGCUAGUGGUGGUAGGGGCUGGUGGCGUUGGUAAAUCAGCAUUAACUAUACAGCUGAUUCAGAAUCAUUUCGUGGACGAAUACGACCCUACAAUUGAGGAUUCGUAUAGGAAACAAGUGGUGAUAGAUGGAGAGACGUGCCUCCUGGAUAUAUUGGACACGGCAGGUCAAGAGGAGUACUCCGCGAUGAGAGACCAGUACAUGCGAACUGGGGAAGGAUUCUUGUUGGUAUUCGCGGUGAACAGUGCAAAGAGUUUCGAGGACAUUGGCUCGUACAGGGAGCAGAUCAAGCGAGUUAAAGACGCAGAGGAAGUGCCAAUGGUGUUAGUAGGUAACAAGUGCGACCUUCAGGCAUGGGCCGUCGACAUGACGCAGGCGCGCGAGGUGGCGCGGAGUUACGGUGUACCGUUCGUAGAAACGUCAGCGAAAACCCGUAUGGGGGUAGACGAUGCCUUCUAUACGCUAGUUCGAGAAAUCCGCAAAGACAAGGAAAGCCGCGGAAAGAAGUAUAGGAGAGGGAACAAACUAGGCACCCGGCGUCCCUUUAAAUGUACACUUAUUUAAAUAUAAGAUAAGUUUUAUGGAUAUUUCUAAUUUGACUUCGAGACUUUGGAGCUUCCCUUUUCAUAGCUCCCUUAUCAAAUGUUGAUAAUUAAAAAAAAAUUAUAUACAGAAUGGUCUUGUUUA